UUUGUAACUUUUUUUACAAAAUCUCAUAUUUCAUGUAAUUUUCACUAUAAUAAAACACUAUUAAGCACUGCAUUUUAUUUAUUUAUUUAUAUAUAAGUAAUGGUACAUUCACAACAACACUCAUUUAUAUAUUUUAUAUCUAGCCACAGAUCUAUAUCGUACAUCCUUUCUUAUUUCGCUGUAUCAUUAAUUUUCUCUAAUAUAUAUAUAUACCAUUAUAUAGUGCUCAUUAUAUAUAUACAUAAAUAAAGAUUAUAGUAUAAACACACACACAUAUAUAUAUACACAUCUCCCUACAUAUUGAACUUACUACUUUUUGUUUUUGGUUAAAGUUUUAUUGAAGAGAUCUAUCUAUAUAUAUAUCGAUUCAAUAGUAAUAUACAAGUAUGAAUGGGAUGAUGAUGAGUAGUUACAAGAAUGUAAUAGCAAUGGUGGCAUUACAAUGUAUCACUGCAGCUGUAACUCUCUUCAGUAAACUUGCUUUGUCUCAAGGAAUGAGUCCUAGGGUUUUCGUUCUCUACCGCCAACUUUUUGCCACUCUUAUAAUGGCUCCUAUUGCUUUUUUCUCUCGAUGGAAAGAUCCACAUGCAACACCCUUGGAAUUGAGAAGCUUUAAUAUGAUACUUCUCACCUCUUUAAUUGGAGUAACAGCAAAUAACAACACCUAUUUCGAGGGCUUAAAUUUAUCUUCUUCAACAAUUGCAACUGCAAUGCUUAAUCUCAUACCAGCCAUCACUUUUAUUAUGGCAGCUCUAGUUGGAAUGGAGAAAAUCAAUCCAAAAAGCAUGAGAAGUAUUGCUAAGAUAAUUGGUACAAUUGUAUGCAUCGGUGGAGGAAUUUGCAUGGCCCUAAUAAAAGGGCCAAAGCUAUUUGUUAAUACAAAACAUUACUCAAAGCUAUUAUUAUUAUUAUUUAUUAAUAAUAUUGGAGGUGAAAAUCUGCCACUGGGUUGUCUAUUUCUCUUCAUCAAUUGCUGUUGCAAUUCAUUUUGGAUUGUUAUGCAGGUACCAAUUUCAAAGGCGUGUCCAGACCAUUUAUACAGCACAUUUUGGAUGUUUUUGUUGUCAAGCAUACAAUCAUCAAUAUUGACAUUUUGUAUAGAUCGUAACCCACAAACAUGGCUUCUUCAUUCACCUCUUCAGUUUCAAAGUUGUUUCUUUGCUGCAAUUGGUGAGGCAGUGUCGUUUUUCAUUCAAGUGUGGUGCAUAUCUCAAACGGGUCCUGUCUUUGCAGUAAUGUUCACUCCAUUAACCACAGUUAUUGCAUCCAUUAUAGCCAUUUUCUUUAUGGCUCAAACUUUAUAUCUUGGAAGCUUGGUAGGGGCUUUUGCUGUGAUUCUUGGCUUAUAUGUGGUGCUAUGGGGCAAGGCAAAAGACCUAGAGGAUCAUGAUACUAUACAAUAUGGUGAUGAUCAUAAUCAAACACAAAAUUGUAAACUUGAUUUGGAAGUACCACUUUUACUUGAAAAUUAAGUUAAUUUUUUUCCUUGUAAUCAUAAUAUAUAUAUAUAUUUAUAUAUAUAUAUAUAAAUAUUCUAU